AUGUCUACUGAUCUAGGGAAAGAAUCCGAUGAAGGAUCGUCUAUGGCUACGCGAUCGUCGUCAGUUUUGAGCCGGUAUGUAUCUCAAAAGAGGCGUGAUUGGAACACUUUUGGGCAAUACUUGAAGAACCAAAGACCAAUACCAAUUGCGAUGUCUCAUUGCAAUUACAAUCAUGUCCUUGAAUUCCUAAGGUACUUGGACCAAUUUGGCAAGACCAAAGUCCACGCACAAGGGUGCGUGUUCUUUGGGCUGCCUGAGCCACCAGGGCCAUGCACCUGCCCUCUCAAGCAGGCGUGGGGAAGCCUCGACGCGCUCAUCGGGCGGCUCAGAGCAGCGUACGAAGAAAACGGUGGGUUGCCCGAGACAAAUCCAUUUGCUAGUGGGGCCAUUAGGGUUUAUUUAAGGGAAGUAAGAGAUUCUCAAUCAAAGGCAAGAGGAAUUCCUUACAAGAAGAAAAAGAAGAUCAAGAGGAUUAGUAUGGCUAAUGAUCAAGAUGAUCAUGGAGCCUCAAAACUACCUAUGAAGUAG